AUGCAGCAAUCGAAUGAAGUAUCACCUUGCAAUGAUGUAAAGAUAAGGAAUCCACCCGAUGAAACUAAUAUUUUGGAUUUGAAUGACGACUGCUUGCUGGAAAUUUUCAAAUACUUGACUGUUCAGGAGACCUUUGAUGUUUUACACAAAUUGGGAAAUCGCAUUGAUAGUAUUGCUCUAAAACGCAUCGCCCGACUCAAGUCUCUCAGUUUUAGUCUUAGAGACCCUCCAGAGUUCACACCGUAUCAACUAAAAGUAAUUGGCAAAACUUUAAAGACACUAAGAGUCACCGUGGGCUAUUCACUAGAUACUGAUAAGUUCAUUUCCAUGUAUCUGAAUCCAUUGUGUUUUCAUGGAUCUAUCCAGGAUUUAACACUGAAUUAUGUACAAUUCAAUGAUGCUUAUCAGCAUUGCGUUUUGAGGUUAGCACCACAUUUGCAACAUUUGGAUUUAAAUUUUUGUCAACUAACUGAUGAAUUAUUACAACCAAUUGUGGAAAAAUGUACCCGAUUGGAAACACUUUCGAUUAUCGGCAACUAUGAGUGGAAGGGCAAAUCUUUGUAUCACAUUAAUUCACCAAAUAUGAAAUGCAUAACACUGGAAUUAAAUGAUAUGUGCAACGAUGAAGUGGACGCAUUUAAAGCCAGGAGGGGACAGUUCCCGAAUCGUUUACAUUCACAAACCCUGGAGGAAAAUAAAGAUCUGCCAGCAAGCGCCAUGUUCCUACUUCUCAUCAUAUCGCAAACGGAGAGGAUGAUGGGGAAGUGGUGCGAACCAAGAGAAAUUACCGGUUGCCAGGAACAUGUGCUUGGUGAUGUUGUCCAUGGUGAUGUUGAAGCAGCUUGA